AUGUUUGCUCCUGUUGUUGCUCUUGUCGGCCUGACCGGCUCAGGUAUUGUUAGUGGCUUGGCACUAUCCUACCCACUGCUCAUCAACACACACCUUAUCGAUCAGCAAGGAGCCAACAUCUCUCCACCCACGCCCUGGGCAGCCAAUCUCGACACUGCCCAACGUUUGACGCUUUGGGAGCGCGCCUACAAGGCAGGGUUGAUGACCAUCCCAACCUUUUCCCUGCUCGUCUCUGCUUGCUUGACGACAUUCGCACUCACCCAUGGCACCAACAACACAAGCUCUCUCGCUCAACACCUAGGCGUGAACUGGGAGCUGCGCAAACGGCUGCUGCUGGCUUCGGCAGCUUUGACUCCCAGCGUGCUUCCUUUCACUGUUGUUGCGAUCUUGCCCAUCAACAAGAAGCUGAUGGCGCUCAGAAAAGCUGCUAACAACAAGGAGCCAGUCAAUGAGAACGAGGUUGACUCGCUCUUCAAAAAGUGGGCUCGACUUCAAAAUGUCCGUGUCACGGCUUCCGUAUCAAGCUUUGUUCUCGCGCUGUAUUCUUUCAUCGCUGUGUAA